GGGCGGCGCCGCCGAGGCGGGGCGGCGGCUGGAUCCUGCCCCGGGACGGCGGAGCCGAAGUUGUGGCGGGGCGGCGGCCGUCCCUGUCUGCCUGCCGCUGUUGGUGCGAGGAGGAGGAGGAGGAGGAGGAGGAGGAAGGGGGGAGCCUCCCGCCUCAGCCCCGCUGCCCCUCCGCUUGUUGUGCGUGAGAGACAGACACACACACGCCGCUCCCCGUCCCUCCCUCUCUCCUUCCCUCCCUCCCCUUCCCUCGCCCCGCACAGCCCCAGGAGGCCGGAGCGGGCGCGGCGCUGCCGCCGCGUCUCGGGGCUCCCUCGGCCCGGCUCGGCCCGGCCCGGCUGCCGCCGGAGGAGGAGGACGACGAGGAGGAGGAAGAGGAGGAGGAGGACAAGGAGCGCCCCGACGGGCGGGCGGGCGGCCCAGCCAUGAGCGGCGGGGAGGUGGUCUGCUCGGGCUGGCUCCGAAAGUCCCCACCGGAGAAGAAGUUGAAGCGCUACGCAUGGAAGAGGAGAUGGUUUGUGCUUCGCAGCGGCCGUUUAACAGGAGAUCCAGAUGUAUUGGAAUACUACAAAAAUGACCAUGCCAAGAAGCCUAUCCGAAUUAUUGACUUAAAUUUAUGUCAGCAAGUGGAUGCUGGAUUAACAUUCAACAAAAAAGAGUUUGAAAACAGUUAUAUUUUUGAUAUCAACACUAUAGACAGAGUUUUCUAUCUGGUGGCAGACAGCGAGGAGGAGAUGAAUAAGUGGGUCCGAUGCAUCUGUGAUAUCUGUGGGUUCAACCCUACAGAUGAGGAUGCUGUGAAGCCACCGGUCAGUUCUUUACAAGCAUCCGCUGAGUUACCCUUGCCUGUCAACACUUCACCGCCUUCCAUGCAAGCAGAAUCUUCCCUACCUCCUCCUUAUCAGCUUAUUAAUAUCCCCCCACUAGAGUCUUCCUCUGGUCAAGAAGAUCCUCAAGACUACCUACUGCUAAUAAACUGCCAGAGUAAAAAACCUGAACCUGUGAGAUCUCAUGCUGACUCUGCAAAAUCCAGCUCUUCUGAAACAGACUGCAAUGAUAAUGUGCCCUCCCACAAAAAUCCUGCUCCAUCAGUGAGCAAGCACGCUGUGAAUGGCUUUUUUCAGCAGCAAGGUGUCUAUGACUCUCCUCCUUCUCGUACUGGACUGGCAUUGGCAGAUUCCAGCCUUUAUAACCUGCCUAGGAGUUAUUCACAGGAUGUUCUACCGAAGGCAGCAUCUCCAACUGGGACUGAUGCAGAAGGAGAGCAGCACGUUUUCAACACGCCAUCAGCAACAUCUUUGUUAGAUGCACAGUUGAGACACAUCUCCAUAAGUUAUGACAUUCCCCCCACACCUGGAGGUACUUACCAGAUUCCACGAACUUUUCCGGAAGGAACAAUGUCUCAGACAUCAAAACUAGAGACUAUUCCAGAUAUUCCUCCACCUCGGCCACCAAAACCUCACCACGCUGCAGAUCGAUCUCCUGUGGAAACAUGUAGCAUUACUCGUACUGCUUCAGAUACUGAUAGUAGUUAUUGCAUCCCUACAGCAGGAAUGCCACCUUCACGCAGUAAUACCAUUUCAACUGUAGAUUUGAAUAUCUUUCGUAAAGAAAUUAGUUCUCAAGACUGUUAUGAUAUUCCACGAACGUUUCCGAAUGACAGAUCUAAUUCACUGGAGGGCUUCCAUAACCACUUUCAUUCCAGCAGCUUCACUGAACCCAUCCAGGAAACAAAUUAUGUACCAAUGACACCAGGCACGUUUGAUUUUCCGUUAUUUGGAAAGCAAGUCCCUCCUCCUGCUCACAUGGGUUUCAGGUCCAGUCCAAAGACCCCUCCCAGACGGUCAGUGCCUGUUGCAGAAUGUGAGCCACCGCCAGUGGAUCGGAACCUCAAACCAGACAGAAAAGGUCAAAGUCCUAAAAUUUUAAGACCUAAACCACAUGGUUUAGAGCGAACUGAUUCACAAACCAUAGGUGACUUUACUACAAGAAGAAAGGCAAAACCAGCUCCACUAGAAAUAAAACCGCUGCCUGAAUGGGAAGAAUUACAAGCCCCAGUUAGAUCUCCUAUCACCAGAAGCUUUGCACGAGACUCCUCCAGGUUUCCCAUGUCUCCCAGACCGGAUUCAGUUCAUAGCACAACUUCCAGCAGUGACUCGCAUGACAGUGAAGAGAAUUAUGUUUCCAUGAAUCCAAAUCAGUCCACUGAAGACCCAAAUUUGUUCGGUAGCAACAGUCUCGAUGGAGGAAGCAGCCCUAUGGUAAAACCUAAAGGAGAUAAACAAGUAGAAUAUUUAGAUCUGGACCUAGAUUCAGGAAAAUCUACCCCACCUCGUAAGAAAAAGAGUAGUGGUUCAGGCAGCAGUGUGGCAGACGAAAGAGUUGAUUAUGUUGUGGUUGACCAGCAGAAAACACUAGCACUGAAGAGCACACGGGAGGCAUGGACUGAUGGGAGACAGUCUACAGAAUCUGAAACACCGACGAAAAGCGUGAAGUGAAUAUACUGCCUUUUCUUUGGAGAACAGAAAGGAGUGAAUUUUGAAGAAUUACAGGACCACAAUGGCAGCAUGGCUUGAUUGUACAGUAUUCACUGGUGCGUGAAUAGGUUCUUGACUGAAUAGGAUGGAAGCCAAAUGACACUUCAAAUGUAUCAAAAGAAUUGUAAGAUCAUAAAUCAGCUAUGUGGUCUCUGGAAAAUUUGCAACCUGUAAAUAACAUGUAAAAUAGUACUGCUUAGCUUUCAGAAAACUUUUUGUUCUGUAGUUAACACAUCUGUAGUAUUACCAUGUUUAUGCACUUUUUCAGUUACAAUGUUGGUUCAGGUAUUCCCAGUUAGUGUAUCUUAACGCCUAAUUUGUCUGGAGAUUUUUUUCUUUACACUACUAUUUCUUACAAGUUUAGGUUAAUUAAGCUACAUGUAGAUACGGAAAUUAAUAUUUGAACUUCAUUUAACAACUUAAAAUUGAUUUUUGCGGAAAUACUUCCACAAUUGAAUAAUCUACUUGAAAUGUCAAGAGAUGACCGUUAGUUACCUACUUGUUUAUAUUUAAUACAUGCGAAAGAUUAUUUGGAAGUCUACAGGUUACCUUCCUAACAAAAAUUGCUGUGAGUUAAUAAUAAUGAACUAUACUGGGUUUAGACCUACAAUCCUGGCUUAUAUGUUAGUUGUUAGUGGUGGAACUUCUAUUGUAUUUUAUUAAUGACAGUGUUCUGUGUUCGAUGGGUGAAGAUUCUGCAGGGUGGGAUCUUACACUUUUAAAGACUGAAUAAUUAAAUACCAAGUAAGCCUGCAAACCACUGAUGGCAUGCAGUAAUAUUGUGAUCUCACACUUAUUAACAAGAAAUAACCUUUAUAUUAUUUACAGAAGGUAGAGUAUAUAAAUCAGGUACGUACCAAGCACUGUUGUGCUAAUACACUGAUCAGGUUUAGACAAUGAGCUUUAGUUUUGUACUAUUUAGAAGUUCUAAUGUCAGUUUUCAGUUCAAGAUUAAUGGGACAGUUUGACAUUCACUGUUUGUAGUACUAGCAAAAUACUGUGAUUUUGAAUUAGACAUAAUUCAAACGGAAAUACUAUGUUUUGACACCAUAGUGCCCUUCUUAUGAUCUUUAUUUUACUUUAAUCUCCUGCUUGGCCUUAUAUUUAAAUCCCUAUGCAACUGAUAUUUUGUAUCUCUGUUUUUAAAAAUUAGGUAAUAUUCUUAAAUGAUCCCCUUGUAAACCACUUGUCGCUCUUUCCUGGUACAGGAUUUUAAGCUCUGUAUACUGUGAUCCUUUAUUUUACUAUGCCAGUUCCAAAUAAUAAUCUGCCUUGGUUUAGGAACAUGUUGUUGUUGUUGUUAUCUGGAAGAAAAUAGAGCUCUUUAAAUACAUGAACGAGUUAGGUCUAGAUAGAAAAUUUACUAACGCUUUUUUUACACAAAUGCCCAUAAGUAAGCAGUUGGUUUUAUUUUCCCACCCAAUUGUUUUAUUUUGUGCAAGUCAUUUAAAAGUUGAGUAUAAAGCUGUGUUGUUUUCCAGCAUGUUGGCCUUAGUACUGUCUAUUCUACCAUUGGUUGUUUCUCUCCCCUCACAGCCACAAUCUACCAUAUGUAAAUUAUGUUAUUUUUAACAAAGGUUCUUUUUAAAUUAGUAAUAUUUUGAUGCUUUGAAUGUUCAUUUAAAAAAAAAAAACUAAACACAAUGCAUUUUGAGGUGGAUUUUAAAUAAAUCAAGUUGUUCAGUUUU